AAGAAGUCUGAGCUUUCGAGCGUCAAGGCUGGCCGAGUCACCAAGGCCACCGAGACCCCUAAGGCCAAGAGCAAGGCUACCGGCAAGUCUGCUGGUAAGGCCGUCGAGAAGGAGGUGAAGAAGUCUUCCAAGAAGGCCAAGAAGGAGCCCACUCCCGAGCCUUCUAGCAGCGAGUCUGAGAGCGAGGCCGAGUCCGCCGACUCCAGCGACUCCGAUUCUGAGUCUUCCGACUCUGACUCCGAUUCUGACGCCGAUUCGUCCGACUCCUCCGACAGCGAUGAGGAGAAGGCUCCUUCCAAGAAGCGCAAGGCUGAGGAGGCUACCGAGCCUGCCGUCAAGAAGUCCAAGACUGAGGAUGCUCCCGCCGCCGGGGGUGAGGGUAUCAAGAACCUCUUCGUUGGCAGCUUGAGCUGGAACGUCGAUGAGGACUGGCUCCGCCGCGAGUUCGAGCACUUCGGUACCAUCACCGGCUGCCGUGUCAUCAGCGACCGUGAGACCGGCCGCUCCAAGGGUUUCGGUUACGUCGAAUUCGAGGACGCUGCUGCUGCCGCCACAGCUCAAAAGGAGAUGAUGGGAUACGAGCUUGACGGCCGUCCCCUCAACGUCGACUUCUCUACUCCCCGUGAGAAGCCUGCCAACAAGACCUUCGACCGUGCCAACAAGUACGGUGACAAGCGCUCUGCUCCCAGCAACACCCUCUUCCUCGGUAACCUCUCCUUCGACUGCACCAACGAGAUCGUCCAGGAGACCUUCCAGGAGUACGGCAACGUUUCUCGUGUCUCUCUCCCCACUGACCGCGAGACCGGUGCCCUCAAGGGUUUCGGAUACGUCGACUUUUCCUCUACUGAGGAGGCUACUGCCGCUCUCGAGGCUCUCAACGGUGCUGACAUUGCUGGUCGCGCCAUCCGCCUUGACUUCGCUGCUGCUCGUGAUGACAGCAACGGUGGUGGCCGUGGCGGCUUCGGUGGCGGUCGCGGUGGUGGCCGUGGUGGCUUCGGCGACCGUGGUGGUCGUGGUGGCGGUCGUGGCGGUCGC